AUGCAAAGGCACAAGCCUUCAUCUUCCAGGGACACGCCUUCACUAUAUCUCCCACGCAUUAUCAAGCGGGAAAUUGUAUUGCCAUCUAAAAAUGUUGAAGUCCCACCAAAACAAGAUUCCUCAAUUGAUGAUAAGGUCCCAGAGAGUGAGAAGAAGACAGAGAAUGUGUUCAACAAGCAUUCUCUAUCAGUGAAGUUGAAAGCGGUAAUGGUAAGAGUAACAUCUUCCUCUAAUAUUUCACAUGGCAUUCAUGGAAAAGGGAGAAGAAACAAUGAUGUUAAAACUGGAAUGAACUUGGCUUCCAUAUCAUCUGCAAAGAAAGCUUUGGUUCCUCUGCCUGCUUCUGUGUCCCCCAAAAUUUCCCUCCAUAGAACCCCAUCCUUGAAAUCAAGAAAAAUCAUAAGCUUAAAAGUUCCGUCUCCUUUAAAGGAUCGAAAUAGAAUACACAAGGCUCAGAUUAAAAGCUUCAGAAAUGAGAAGAUUCCCGAGAAAACCUUAAAUGUUAUCAGGACAGAUGGUCCUGUCUUUCAAUCACGUCCAUCUUCAUCAUCACUUGCAUCUUCGUCGGUUGCAAAGUCGCCAUCUUUAUUGUGUCAUAAAGAGGAAGAGGCUGAAUAUGAUGAAGGUGAAAUAGAUGAAUUGAUCUCUGACAGCAAUGACACUGCAGAAGUUGGCGAAGUGAAAUUAGUGAAAGAGAAAAGUAUUAAGGCUCUGAGGAAGAGUACGGCAGUUGGUUCUGAAGAUAGAGACAGCACUCCUAUGAAAUUAAAUUUCAGGAGGGGGAAGGUAGUGGACCUUAAAUCUGAUAAUAAUAAUCCUAGGAGACUCAGAUUUAGAAGGGGAAGAGUCUUAGCAGAUGACCAAGAUGGCAAGGGUGAUUUUAGAAGGAAAACGUUUAAAAAUGGCAUGGUCAAUGAUGACAAAAAUGAUGAAGAUCCUUCUUCCGACAAGGUCGCUUUAAAGCAUCGAGAUGUGCAGGGGAAGAAAUAUUUACGUUUGUUUAAUAAUGUCAUUGAAGAAACAGCAAACAAGCUUGUCCAAAGCAGAAAAAGUAAGGUCAAAGCCUUAGUGGGUGCAUUUGAAACUGUGAUCUCUCUCCAAUCCUCAGCAAAAAUAGGAGAUGAAUCAGAAAACUACGAGUUAUUGACAAUUGAAGUGUUUCUUUCUUUAAGUUGCAAUGUUCCUUGUGCAAUUUUUGGCGUUGUCUUCAGACUGAUCUAA